AUGGCUGAACAGCAGGCUCCGAACAUGCAGGGCAUGACUGGCGGAAGUUUCAACGCGGCUCCACCACCCCAGUACGACGCUCCAUUACCUCAGUCCGCCCCGCCACCGCCAGCGCCAGCGGCGAGCACUUCGAACGGGUGCUGCGCCAACAACAAGCGGUCCGCUCUGUACACGUGGCUCCCCUUCGGCCUUCGCAUCGGCAUCUUUUUCUUCUGCCUCGUCGCUUUCAGUCUGUGCUUCGCGACCAAGGCGACGGUGACGUCGUACAGCGCGGGCGCGUUUCUGGUGGGCAUGACAAUCCUGGGGUUCAUAUUCGCGGUGAUGCUGCUCGUGUACAACUCCGUGCGCAUCUGCGUCGCCGGCUCCGAGGCGUAUGACUGGAUGAUGGACAUCGUGCAGUUCUUCGAGUCCUACAUCAUGUCGCUUCUGCUGUUCGCCGCCGCCACGUCAGGAGCAGCUGCAUGCAACACGUGGUGGAACACUAGCGCAUUGAACAGCACCAGCACCACCAAGGCCAUGCUCGCUUCAUUGGGUCUGGACCCGACUCUCCCUUCAUCAAUGGAUUCCGGAGCUUAUCUCAAUACGUACAUUAAUGACAUGAAUUCGGAUCUGAGCAAGGUCCGUGGUGCAUGCGCCAUGGCUUUUUUCGCAGCUUUCAUCUACAUUGCGAUGUUCUGGUACUACACUAUUCGCAUGUACAAGCGCUGUGUGCUCAAGGCCAUUGCCGAUGCAGCGCCAGCAGCAGUCAAGGACAACGUACCUCCAUACAAUGUGUGA